AUGGCGGCUGCCAUUGGCGAGGAAGAGGACCCCACCCCUCCGGCAAAACGACGCAGGAGCGACGAUGAUUCCGACAUCGACGCGUUUGAAAAGACCAGUGAACAUGGGAAAACCUCGGACUCAUCAGGACAGAACCCACCCUAUAUCGACGAGAGCCUGUAUUCCAGACAACUCUACGUGCUCGGGCGCGACGCCAUGGUGCGGAUGGCGCAAUCGGACGUGCUCAUUUCGGGCCUGGGCGGCCUAGGAGUAGAGGUAGCGAAGAACAUCGUUCUAGCUGGCGUCAGGUCGGUCACUCUGCACGAUGAGAUGGUGUGCACCCGGGUCGAUCUCUCAUCGCAGUACUACCUGAGCAAGGACACCUUGGGCCAGAAUCGAGCCGAGGCUUGCGAGGCCCCACUGGCACGACUCAACAAGUACGUGCGAGUCACGACCUACACUAAGCCCCUGACCGAAGAAUUUUUGAAGCGGUUCAACGUGGUGGUGCUGACAGAGACUCCGCUCGAAGACCAGGAAUACAUCUCUGACGUCACCCGCGACAACAACAUCGCUCUCAUCGUGGCCGACACCCGGGGACUCGCUGGGCAGAUAUUCUGCGACUUCGGUGACAACUUCCACGUGACAGACACGAACGGGGAGCAGCCGAUGUCUGUAUCGAUUGGCUCCAUCACCAAGGCUAAAGAAGGCGUGGUGACUUGCCUGGAUCAAAUGCGGCAUGGUUUCGAAGAUAACGACUACGUCACCUUCUCCGAAGUCAAGGGCAUGACCGAGAUCAACAACUGCCCACCGAUGAAAGUCAAGGUGCUAAGUCCGACAAUGUUCACCGUGGGUGACACAACGCAGUUCGGUGAUUACACCUCAGGCGGCGUUGCAACGCAAGUGAAAAUGCCGAAGGACGUACAGUUCAAAUCUUUCAAGGAUUCCGUGAGGAACCCAGACUUCGUUGUGUCGGAUUUCGCCAAGAUGAAUCGCCCUGCGCAUCUUCACUUAGGUUUUCAAGCUCUUCAUGCUUUCGAAAAGUUACACUCACGCCUGCCGUGGCCUUGGAACAAGGAGGACGCAGCAGUUGUGGUCCAAUUGGCCAUGGAGAAGAACGAAGGGCUGGCCACAUCGCUGGAGAAAGUGGACCAGGAACUAAUCACAACGCUAUCCUACGUAUCUGCCGGCUCCUUGUGCCCCAUGCAGGCGGUUAUCGGAAGCGUCGCAGCGCAAGAGGUGAUAAAGGCAUGUAGCGGAAAGUUCAGCCCUAUCCAGCAGUGGUUCUACUUUGAUGCUUUCGAGUGCCUCCCCCAUGAGAGCGACAUUUCGGAACCAGACGCCAACGCCAUGCACUCGCGGUACGCGGGACAAUCCCGCGUCUUCGGCGCUAAUGUGCAGCGCCUGCUGAUGACUCAGACAUACUUUGUGGUGGGAGCUGGAGCCGUGGGCUGCGAACUUCUCAAGAACUUCGCCAUGAUGGGCAUUGGAGUGGACAGUGGCUGCAUAUAUGUCACCGACAUGGACGUCAUAGAGCGGUCCAACCUGAACGGGCAUUUCCUCUUGCGGUCCCACGACGUGGGCGCCAUGAAGUCCAUCAUGGCCGCACAAACCCUGGUCGAAAUGAACCCCGAAAUCAACAUCCACGUCCGCGUGGAUAGAGUGGGUCCGGGCACGGAGCGCAUUUACAACGACGACUUCUUCGAAUAUUUGGACGGCGUAGCCAUCGCGGUGGACAACGUCGACGCGCGUCGCUACAUGGACGAGCGCUGCGUGCUCUACGGGAAGCCGCUGAUCGAGUCCGCCACCACGGGCACCAAGGGAAGCGUGCAGGUGGUGGUGCCGCACAUGACCGAGUCCUCAUCGUCCUCACGGAACCCGCCCGAGAAGCCGACGCCCAUUUGCACCAUCAGGCACUUUCCCAACAACAUCGAGCACAUCCUGCAGUGGGCACGUCAAGAAUUUGACGGCCUGUUCAAGCAGAGUGCCGCGAAUGCUGUCCAGUAUUUAACAGAUCCUGAUUUUCUGCCGAGGACGCUGAAAACCCUGCAAUUCACCCAAAAGGUGGCCCUGCUGGAGGGAAUCAAGAAGAUUCUGGUGGACGAGCAGGCGACUAAUUUCGAAGACUGCGUCACGUUCGCCAGGCUACGCUUCCAGGAGCAGUACAGCGACCAGAUACGACAGCUGCUCCGCGUCUAUCCCGAAGAUCACAUCACAGCUUCGGGCGCCCCAUUCUGGUCUGGCCCCAAACACUGUCCCCACCCGAUUGAGUUUGACCCCGACGAGACGCUGCACAUGGACUACAUCGUGGCUGCGGCGAACCUUCGGGCAAUGUUUGGCAUUCCGCACUGUACCGACCGCGAAGAGAUCGCUGAUAUGCUCGAAGAUGUCGACGUACCGGCACUCGAUCCGCAACAGGAAGACGUGCAAGUUGCCGGAAACGAAGCGAAACCACCGCAGCCCGCUGUCCCACAAAACUAUGACGAGGAACUUCUGGCAAAACUAAUGGAGGAACUGCCCAGUCCGGAAGAUCUCGAUUACGUGUCGGUCAAGGCACUGGAGUUCGAAACAGAUGACGACGCCAACUUUCACGUGGACUUCAUCGUGGCGGCUUCGAAGCUACGCGCUGCCAACUACAGUAUUGAGCCGGCCGACAGGCUCAAGAGCAAGCUCAUCGCGGGCAAAAUCACCCCGGCAAUCGCCACCACCGCGUCGCUUGUCGCGGGCCUCGCGUCACUCGAGCUCUACAAGCGUGACAUCAAUGUUGAAAAGCGCUGA